CUGCCGCGCCUGUGAGGGGUUAGAGGUCCCGGCGCUCUCCUCCCUCCCUAUUAGGCUGGCUCUUUCCCAGGGACACAAUGAUAUCCCAGGGCUGGAGAGGGGGCUGAUCCGCAGGAAUCCCGCCUCCCCGAGCCCAGAGCAGAGGAGGCAGCGGCGGCAGCCCACAGACAGACAGACAGCCCUGGGACCGAGCUGCCGGGAUGCCCUGGACAGGCAGAGCUCCGCUACUGCUGCUGCUGCCGCUACUGCCCGGGCUCCUGCUGCUGCCUCCGCCUGCACAGGGCCAGGACCUGCCCGACUAUGACCCCGAGCUGGACGACCUGGAGGAGCACAUUGACUACAAGGACCCCUGCAAGGCUGUGGCUUUCUGGGGGGAUAUUGCUUUGGAUGAAGAGGAUUUGGCCAACUUGAAGGUAGAUCUCCGGGUGAGCUCAAGAAACAGAACACAUUCUUCAGUGUCUCCUCCUGCAAGGAAUAGCUCAUCGUCGAGAACAGGCCGACGCGCACGGACAGACAGACGAGUCUCUCGUGGCAGGCGAGCCGCUACCUCUCGACCAGAACGAAUAUGGCCACACGGCAUUAUACCUUUCGUUGUGAAUGGGAACUUUACUGGAUCUCAGAAAGCAAUAUUCAGACAAGCUAUGCGACAUUGGGAGAAGCAUGUUUGUGUCACCUUUGUUGAGAGGACUGAGGAGGACAGUUAUAUUGUCUUCACAUACAGACCCUGCGGAUGCUGCUCUUAUGUGGGCCGACGUGGAGCAGGACCACAAGCCAUAUCCAUUGGAAAAAACUGUGAUAAAUUCGGGAUUGUUGUUCACGAGCUGGGUCAUGUGAUAGGAUUCUGGCAUGAACACACAAGACCGGACCGAGAUGACCAUGUUUCUAUCGUCCGUGAUAACAUUCAACCGGGACAGGAGUAUAACUUCCUGAAAAUGGAGCCAGAAGAAGUAAACUAUUUAGAGGAAACCUAUGACUUUGACAGUAUCAUGCACUAUGCUCGUAAUACCUUUUCUAGAGGAAUUAACUUGGACACAAUUGAACCAAGAUAUAAAGUCAAUGGAGUGAAACCGUCAAUUGGACAAAGAACAAGACUUAGUGCUGGAGAUAUUGCACAGGCAAGGAAGCUGUAUCAAUGUCCAGCCUGUUGGGAGACUCUGCAGGACAGCCAAGGGAACUUUUCAUCUCCAGGGUAUCCGAAUGGCUACUCGGCGUUUGAGCAUUGUGUGUGGAGGUUGUCCGUCACCCCAGGAGAGAAGAUCAGACUGAAUUUUACCUCUUUGGACGUGUACCGGAGCCGAUUAUGUUGGUACGACUACAUUGAAGUCAGAGAUGGACACUGGAAGAAAGCUCCGCUCAUUGGCCGUUACUGUGGUGACAAACUCCCAGAGUCCAUAUUAUCCAGCGAUAGUAGGUUGUGGAUUGAAUUUCGAAGCAGCAGCAACUACGUGGGAAAAGGAUUCCAUGCGGCUUAUGAAGCCGAGUGCGGAGGAGACGUAACUAAAGACGAAGGCCACAUCCAGUCUCCAAAUUAUCCCGAUGACUACCGACCCAGCAAGGACUGCAAAUGGAAGCUGCAUGUGGCUGAGGGCUACAACAUCGGAAUCGUGUUUCAGUCCUUUGAGAUUGAGAGACAUGACAGCUGUGCUUACGAUUUCCUGGAGAUACGCGAUGGCGACUCAGAAACCAGCCCUCUGAUCGGCCGCUACUGUGGUUACGACAAGCCGGAUGACUUCAAGAGCUCAGGCAAUAAACUCUUCAUUAGAUUCGUAUCUGAUGGGUCCAUUAAUAAAGCUGGAUUUUCUCUCCACUACUUCAAAGAGGUUGAUGAAUGUUCCCGACCUAACAAAGGUGGCUGUGCGCAGCGCUGUGUGAACACGCUUGGCAGCUAUAAAUGUGCUUGUGAGCCAGGUUAUGAGCUUGCUCCUGACAAGAAAUCCUGUGCAGCGACUUGCGGUGGAUUCUUGACCAAGCUAAACGGCACCAUCAGCAGCCCUGGGUUUCCCAAAGAGUAUCCACCGAACAAGAACUGUGUCUGGCAGCUGGUGGCACCCACACAGUUUCGCAUCACGCUUACCUUCCAACAUUUUGAGACUGAAGGCAACGAUGUCUGCAAAUAUGAUUACGUGGAAGUUCGCAGCGGCCUAACAUCGGAUUCGAAACUUCUCGGGAAGUUCUGCGGUCAAGAGCUCCCCCCGGUGAUCAGUUCACAGUACAACAACAUGCGCAUCGAGUUCAAAUCUGACAACACUGUAUCCAAGAAAGGGUUCAAGGCUACUUACUACUCAGAUAAAGAUGAAUGUUCUCGGGAUAAUGGGGGCUGUCAGCACGAGUGCGUCAACACUCAGGGCAGCUAUAUCUGCAGCUGUCGGAGUGGUUUCACCCUGCACGAGAACAAGCAUGACUGCAAAGAGGCGGGCUGUAACCACAAUGUGACUGCCAGUAAUCAGAACAUCACCAGCCCCAACUGGCCCGACACCUACCCCAACAAGAAGGUGUGCACGUGGCUUGUGACCGCUACCCCAGGACACAGAGUGAAACUGGUGGUGAAGGAGCUGGAGAUGGAGUCCCACCAGGAAUGUCAGUACGACCACAUUGAGGUUUACUCUGGUGCCAAUGCUCAGGCUCCAGUCCUAAAGCGCCUGUGCGGCAGCAAGGUCCCUGAUCCUCUCGUCGCUCCAGGAAGCCUCAUGUUUCUCAAAUUUAUUUCGGACAAUUCAGUGCAGAAAAGGGGAUUCGUGGCCGAGGUGACAACUGUUUGCGGAGGAACCUUGUUGGCAGAAGUCCGUACUAAAGACUUGUACUCCCAUGCUAAAUUUGGAGACGACGUUCACCCGCCGGCCACAGAAUGCACGUGGCACCUGCAGUCAGAGGGAAAAUAUGGUGUGGAGCUGGUGUUCCAGAGCUUUGAGCUGGAGGAGGAACAGGACUGUGGAUACGACUAUAUAGAGCUAUAUGAUGGGCCUACUGAGAACUCCCCCAGGAUGGGAAGAUACUGUGGGUCAGGGCCCCCAGAGGAAGUGUAUUCAUCCGGCGACUCGCUGACAAUCCGGUUCCACUCCGACGACUCAAUUAACAAAAAGGGAUUUCACAUCCGAUACACCAGCACCAAAUUCCAGGACACUCUUCAAGCCCGCAAGUGACACCCCACCAUUCCCUGUCCCAUGCCUCAUUGGAUCUGGGACCAAGUUCGUCUUUGAGGAAUGACUCCUGAACUGCAGGACCCGCCCAAAAAUCUGAUCUGUGGAUGUAAGAGUUGCAAGUCGUGUCACAUGGGAUAAAGGACUAGAUGAGCCUCAGGGAUAUCCAAGGGCACGGAGUCAUGUUGGCAGGAGAUAAUAGACUUUUUCCAUAUAUGUAUACAUUCUAAUCCAUUUGUAUGUGCAUAAAUAUACACCAAUGACAUACACUGUGCCUGAAACACAUUGGUGCUGUACUGAGUGCUGGUAAAGAAUAUAAAGGGGGUGGGGGGGUCCUACAUAAUCCUGUGAAUUCUGCUUCCUAAUCACUUUCUCUAUGGCCAGUAUGCUUGUGCUGGCUUGACGACCCACCCCUCCCCCUUCUUCUCUAAUAUUCCUUUAAAAACUAUUCUACCCCCUCUUAAAUUUGGGGUCUUUCUGUUAAUAUUCUUAGCUGUUGUAAAGGCCCCUCAUUUUAUUGGCCUCUUCUUGCUUCAUCCUGUCUUGGAAAGACUAGAAUUGUACUUGCUGAGCCACAUACACAGGUUCCGGACUCUCACCACUCCAUGAGAGAGUCCGUUAUAAAUGUGUGUAAGUUAUGGACUCAUUAAAGAUGGUCACCACUGUG